GCGACCAUGGGCGGCGAGCGCUGAGAGUCUCCGCCUCGCCGGGGUCGCUCGCGCACUGCAGAGGAGGACAAAGAGCGGCGGGCGAGAGCGCGAGCGGCCGCCUCCGUGUUGUCGCCGUCGGCGCCAUGGGGGACAGGCUGCGGAGCCAAGCGGGCGUCUCUGCAGCGGCGGCAGCCGCGACGACGGCGGCCCCCACCUGCUCGCUGCGUAAUGGGCUGCUGCACAACGGCUUCCACGCGCUGCCCAGUAAUGGAGAAGCACCGCACCCGCUGCUCUUCCGCCAAGACCUGCCUCUGCCCAGCCACGGCUCGCCGACUAAGAAAUGCCGGACGCGACGGAGGAUGGACUCGGGCAGAAAAAACAGGCCACCAUUCCCAUGGUUUGGCAUGGAUAUUGGUGGGACACUUGUUAAACUGGUCUACUUUGAACCAAAAGACAUUACAGCUGAAGAGGAACAGGAGGAAGUGGAAAACCUGAAAAGCAUUAGGAAGUACUUGACUUCCAAUACUGCCUAUGGAAAAACUGGAAUCCGAGAUGUCCACCUCGAAUUGAAAAACUUGACUAUGUGUGGACGUAAAGGGAAUCUUCAUUUCAUCCGUUUUCCAAGCUGUGCUAUGCAUAGAUUCAUACAGAUGGGUAGCGAAAAGAAUUUCUCAAGCUUGCAUACCACGCUUUGUGCCACAGGAGGUGGAGCUUACAAGUUUGAGGAAGACUUUCGAAUGAUUGCUGACCUUCAGCUUCAUAAGCUGGAUGAGUUGGACUGCUUGAUCCAGGGCUUGCUCUAUGUGGAUUCCAUUGGUUUCAACGGCCAGCCGGAGUGCUAUUAUUUUGAAAAUCCUGCAGAUCCUGAACGAUGUCAGAAAAAGCCUUACUGCCUUGAUAAUCCUUUCCCUAUGCUUCUAGUUAACAUAGGCUCUGGGGUCAGCAUCUUAGCAGUGUAUUCCAAGGACAACUAUAAGAGAGUUACAGGGACCAGUCUUGGCGGUGGUACAUUCCUGGGCCUGUGUUGUUUGCUGACUGGCUGUGAGACUUUUGAAGAAGCGCUAGAAAUGGCAGCUAAAGGAGACAGCACUAAUGUUGAUAAACUGGUGAAGGAUAUUUAUGGAGGAGACUACGAACGCUUUGGUCUUCAAGGAUCUGCUGUAGCAUCAAGCUUCGGCAACAUGAUGAGCAAAGAAAAGAGGGAUUCCAUCAGUAAAGAAGACCUGGCAAGAGCAACUUUAGUCACCAUCACCAAUAACAUUGGCUCCAUUGCUCGGAUGUGUGCUCUGAAUGAGCACAUUGAGAGAGUGGUGUUUGUUGGAAACUUUCUGAGAAUCAACAUGGUUGCCAUGAAGGUGCUAGCCUAUGCCAUGGACUAUUGGUCAAAGGGACAACUUAAAGCUCUCUUUUUGGAACAUGAGGGUUACUUUGGUGCUGUUGGUGCCCUUCUAGAAUUGCUUAAAAUGACAGAGGAGCAGUGAUGACAACCGCAAGGACUUGAACGCUUGCUGCAAAAGUGUCAGUCGCUAGGAGGAUGGAAAAGAAGCCAUGAUGGACAUUCUAACUGCUGGAUUUGUAAAUAAUAAUUUAAACUUGGUUUAGCUGAUCUUUUAACUUAGGGUUGGACGUUAAUGUCAACAUUCAUACCAGGAAUCUAAAAAGGCAUUUUUAUCUGUAUACAACUUUUUUUUAAGACAAAAUGUGCAAUGUGGCCAAACAUGGCAGAUUUUUAUGGAUUGUGUCUAAAACAAAAAAAAGUGAAUACUGUAUGGGAAAAGGACCUAAGAUAUGAGACACUGGUUUUAUUAAUAUUAUUUUUUCUUCUGGGGUUUACUGAUCUAGUGUGAUAAUUAUUCAUUUAGUAAUUGCUCUAGGAGAUUUUUUUUAAUCUUUCAUGACGUUUCAUGAUCGCUGUUGGUUUCAAAUGAAACUGAAAAACUGGCAUUUAGUGUGAACACUAAAGUAAUGAAUCUUGUUGCCUUCAUUUUUCAUUGAACUGUUUUCUCAUCUUGCUCAAACAGACUGUUUUUUCUUAGGGAGCCCUUGUUGGCAAUAAUGAGAAGUGCUGUCAGCUGUGCCAUCGUAUCUACUGGAAAUAGGGAGGACACCUCAAGCUAUCCUUUUGGAAAUGUGUACAGUAUUGAGUCAACCAUUGGCCUGAUUACCUGAAGGAAUGUCUUCUUCCAUAUGUGCCCACCUGCCCCUUAACAUGUGGGGCAGACGCUCUUCUCUGGGUGCCCUCCCUGCAGGAGAUUAGGAGGAUGA